AUGCAAUUGGGGAAAUUGGCUAUUUUUCUGCCGUUGUGGCUCCUUUGUCUCUCGCAAGCCCACGUUAUUGGCGUUAGCCCCGAGGAUCAGCAUCUAUACAGUGCCAAAAUUGACGAGGAUGGAAACCAAUAUUGGACAUGUUUGAAUGACUCCUCCAUUAAAUUGCAAUUGAGUCAAAUCAACGACGAUAUAUGCGACUGUCCUGAUGGAUCAGAUGAGCCCGGUACCAAUGCUUGUCGUGAUUCUGCAAUAAAAUUUUAUUGUGCCAAUCAGGGUCAUUUUCCUGCGUAUAUCGAGCAAUUCAAGUUAAAUGAUGGAGUGUGUGAUUACGACAUCUGUUGUGAUGGAUCUGAUGAAUACCAAUUGGGAACUUGCGAGAAUAAAUGUGAUGAGAUUCACCGUCAAUUUGAAACUUACAAGGCAGAGCAGUUGCAGAUUUUGAACAAAGCAUUGAAGAAGAAGCAACACGUGGUGGAUCUAUCCCAAAGAAAUAGAAAGUCUUUAAUCAACAAUUUGGAACACUUGGAGAGACAAGUGCCGGAAAAGAAGAUGAAAUUGAACAAAUUAAAGAUACAUAUGGAGGAUGUAGAACUACAGGAAGACACACCUGAUUUAUACGAUAUAUUGGAUGAACAUUUUGCCAAUUUGGCAAACAGAAUUGAAGCUUAUAAGCGGGACAUAUUAAAGCAAGACGAACAAUUGCAAAAAUUGGAAAAGAUUUUGGAGGAAUUGUCUAAAGGUUAUAACCCGAACUACAAUGACCACGCAGUAAAAGAAUCAAUACACAAGUUUCAAGAAUAUAUAUCAAACAAAGAGGAUGGUGUACAAAAAGAUUUCCAUGAUAUAACCGAGUUUGUUAAAAAAAUUGUCGAAAACGCAAAAGAGCAUUCGAUCAAUAUCGAAUUGACAGGAAAUGGAAACAUAAACAACGACAAGAAGAAGAGCAAGAGCAAGAGCAAGUCCAAACAUUACGAUGGUGUACCUUCUUUGAAAAAUAUGAUCCAUUAUUAUUUUAAUCUUUUUGUACAAAACUUUUUGAUCAAGACACCAGAAACUUAUGUUUCUAAAUUGUCUAGUAAUCAACUAGCUCCCGAAAUCGAUAAACUUGAAGAAGAACUUGAGAAAAUAGAGAAAACCAUCACCGUGAUAAAAAAGGAUUCGAGCUCCGAUUAUGGUCCGGAUGAUAUCUUGAGAGCAUAUGAGAAAUUGCCGAUUUCGAAUAAUCUUGGCGGGUAUUAUUACCGCGUUGAAUUCCUCAAUUCCAUCUAUCAGAACGACGUACUUAUUGGUGUAUUUAAAGAGUACAAGGAAGGAAAGCUAAUCUUUGCAAAUGGUGCUAGAUGCUGGAAUGGACCCAAGAGAUCUGCAACCGUUGAGUUUAUUUGCGGCGAAGGGCCUGCAAUUGUGUCAGUGGCAGAGCCUGAAAAGUGUCAUUACAAUUUCGUAAUUCGCGGAGAAGCAUGGUGUCAUCCAGUUUCAGAGCAAGAACUUUUGCAAUCUUUUGAAAUUGACUACAACCUAUUAUAG